CUCUAGAGUUUAACUAGAAACGUAAUGGUACAGUUUGUGGUAACAAUAUAACCUAAAAAUUAUGAAAAUUGCGUUUAAUGAUUAUAAAAGUGUUAUACUCCUUUCACUAUGGAUAAAAUAUUAACAAAAUCAUUACACUCUAGUCGUUGUUUAGCCUAUAGAUCAUUACCUACAUGUCAAUCAAAUUUAAAAAUUUUAAAUAAAAAUAUUGUGCACUUACAUACAGGUUUACAAUCUUUUAAAUCGAAGCAAUAUGUUCUUUGCAAUAAAAGCAAAUAUAAUAUCUGUCAGUUUCAAAAGCGUAAUAUGUUCAUUCAAACCCAGGAUACUCCCAAUCCAAACAGUUUAAAAUUUCUUCCUGGUGUCAAAGUAUUAGAAGGAGGUGGCACCAAAGACUUCCCAAAUGCUACGGAUGCUUAUUGUUCGCCUCUUGCUAAAAUGUUAUUUCGAAUCGAAGGAGUUAAAUCUGUAUUUUUUGGUCCAGACUUUAUUACAAUAACAAAGUUAGAUGAAGAUAUGGAAUGGGGUGUUUUAAAACCAGAAAUAUUUGCAACAAUCAUGGAUUUUUUUGCAAGUGGAUUACCAAUACUAAAUGAGUCACAACCUUCGCCAGAUACACAAAUCAAUGAAGAUGACGAUGAAAUAGUACAGAUGAUAAAAGAACUUCUGGAUACACGAAUACGUCCUACGGUCCAAGAAGAUGGAGGUGACAUUGUAUUUAUGGGUUUUGAAGAAGGUAUUGUAAAACUGAAAAUGCAAGGUUCUUGUACAAGUUGUCCUAGUUCUGUUGUAACAUUAAGAAAUGGAGUUCAAAAUAUGAUGCAGUUUUACAUACCAGAAGUAUUGGGUGUUAUACAAGUUGAAGAUGAAACUGAUAAAAUUGCCAAAAAGGAAUUCGAGAAACUCGAAAGUAAAAUCCAAACUUUGUCAAGUAGCAGUGAUAACAAAUAAUUGUGACAUUUCACAUUUUAUAUAGUCAAAAGAUACAUGUAAUAUUGUGCAUAAUUAAAAGCAUAUCGCAAAUAAAUUAUAGCAAAAGUACUAUGUAUAUUAUUAAUAAAAAAAUAAAUAAUAUUUAAAAAAAAUA